AAAAUCACAAGAGCCCACACAAAAAGCUUCUGAACUCUCUGACCAACGGCUCACAAUUGAACACAGUACUCAGCUCUUUAUCCCUCUUUUCUCUUCUCUUCUCUUCUCUUCUCUUCCGCCAUGGCUCUAGCUUCUUGCUUCCUUGGAGCUCAAACAGUUCAUGGCUCCCUCUCCCUCACCAAUGCCUUCUAUGCUUUCUCUUCUCAGCCAUCUCUUCAUGGCAUCAAUGUAUGGCGCCUUCUCGCACCCUCGCAACCGCUCGGUUACUCGUCGGGUUGGUCCCCGGAGAGGAGGCCAAGCUUCCAUGGAUUGAGCUUUGUUUCAAGGGUGGAGAAGAAGGAUGGAAGCUCCCAACCCUCUUUUUUUAGACGGGAAGAUGGCGGAGGAUUUGAGGAUCUUGAAGAUGGAUCUGGAAUAUGUGAUCCCUUAUGUUCAGUGGAUGACCUGAGCUCACAGGAAUUUGAAGCUAAUUACCAGCCAAAAACUGAUCUUUUAAAAGCGAUUGUUAUUCUUGCAUCAGCUUUUGCUGGUGCAGUUGCAAUAAAUCAUUCCUGGGUAGCAGCUAAUCAGGACAUUGCAAUGGCAUUGGUUUUUUCCAUUGGAUAUGCUGGUAUAAUUUUUGAGGAAUCUUUGGCAUUUAACAAAAGUGGAGUUGCAUUGUUGAUGGCUGUUAGUUUGUGGGUUAUCAGGAGCAUCGGGGCUCCUUCAACUGAUAUAGCUGUUACAGAAUUGACUCGAUCUUCAGCUGAAGUCAGUGAAAUAGUGUUCUUCUUGUUGGGUGCAAUGACAGUAGUGGAAAUUGUUGAUGCACAUCAAGGAUUUAAACUGGUGACUGACAACAUAACUACUCGAAAUCCACGUGUUCUGCUUUGGGUGGUUGGGUUUGUUACUUUCAUCCUGAGCUCAAUACUUGACAACCUUACAACAACAAUUAUUAUGGUCUCCUUACUGCGAAAACUAGUCCCCUCCUCAGAAUACAGAAAGCUUUUAGGUGCUGUUGUUGUAAUAGCAGCAAAUGCUGGUGGUGCAUGGACACCCAUUGGUGAUGUUACCACAACUAUGUUGUGGAUUCAUGGUCAAAUUUCUACUUUGCAAACAAUGAAGGGUUUGUUUAUUCCAUGUGUUCUUUCAUUGGCUGUCCCACUGGCUCUUAUGUCUCUCACCAGCGAAGUUAAUGGAGCAGAUCAGAAAUCUGCCAAUGUCUUGGCAUCAGAUCAAAUGGCUCCACGAGGACAACUGGUUUUUUUUGUUGGUGUGGGGGCUCUAGUCUUUGUUCCAGUUUUUAAAGCCGUUACUGGCCUGCCUCCAUAUAUGGGCAUGUUGCUUGGACUGGGUGUUCUUUGGAUUUUAACAGAUGCUAUUCAUUAUGGCAAUUCUGGAAGGCAAAGUUUGAAAGUUCCACAAGCAUUGUCACGUAUUGAUAGUCAAGGAAUUCUGUUCUUCUUAGGAAUUCUUCUGUCUGUGGGCAGUUUGGAGGCUGCCGGUGUACUCAGGGAACUGGCGAAUUACCUAGAUGCUCAUUUUCCAAAUAUCGAACUGAUUGCAAGUGCUAUCGGAGUGGUUUCCGCAGUCAUAGACAAUGUUCCUUUAGUUGCAGCAACAAUGGGAAUGUAUGAUUUGACUUCUUUCCCACGAGAUUCCGACUUUUGGCAGCUUGUUGCUUUUUGCGCAGGCACCGGAGGUUCCAUGCUUAUCAUUGGCUCCGCAGCUGGUGUCGCAUAUAUGGGAAUGGAAAAGGUGGAUUUCUUUUGGUAUCUUAGGAAGGUUAGCGGUUUUGCUUUGAUCGGUUAUACGACUGGAAUCUUAACAUACUUGGCUGUUCGAAAUCUCCAUUCAUCACUCCUUACUUCUUUGCCACAUAUACCUUUUCUUUCCGGUUAGCGGUACUUAGAAACAUGUUAAAUGGAGGAGAAGAGAUCAAUUUAUAUAUAUAUAUUGUUGUAUGAAAUGCAUAUUGCAUUGUAUAAAUAAAUUUUGUACAGGAUUAAUUAAAUGAAUGAUUCAAGGAUUUA